AUGGACGAAAAUAUGAUACCCCUACCCAUUGGCUAUCCAGCCUCUAACGACUACUUGUCCCGAGGUUGGACGCAAAUCCAGCGGACGGGUUAUCGAGGACGACUGGCAAGAGACGGCUUGUUGUAUUUCGAAGGCCGAAUCGGAAAUGACACGAUCAUCAACCUGAGAGAAAUACGUGUGGAGUUGGAAGAUGUCCAGAGCGUCAUACUCCGACAGGCAAACGGUGUUCUUGAGCAGGUUCUGGUUUCAGUGCGCGAGUCUCGAUCGAAAGUCGUUCUUGAAGAAUCUGCACUCCAGCUUCCAGUAUAUGCGACCGGCUCUCAUCACUCCCCUUCGAUCAAGUCCCUCAGUGCGCAUUCCAAAGUAGAUCGACGCGCAAUUGCACAGCUCCCCUUGCCGCGGAAUAGUCAGGGAACCUACGAUAGCCAAGAUCAGCUUCUGACACAUGCCCAGGAGGGGCUCAGAGCAGUCUGGGACGAAGUACUUCCCAAUGAACUGGUCGAUAUGGCAGAUCUGACUAGACGGCGUUUUUCAGUUGCCCUGCCACUGGCAGAUCUGUAUGAAGCCAAUACUCUGGAGCUUAUGGCGGAACAGAUCCAGACUUCAAAUCGUAAUACAUCCAUAGGCUGGAGUCAAGAAACGUCUGUUGCCGAUUUGGCUCUGACAUCGAUACCUAUGAAGCUUUCUGAAGUGAAGAAGAGCGGCAUCUUUAUCAUUAUGGCCGGCGCCACAGGAACUCUUGACUCUAGAUUACUGGCGCAGCUGGUCGACGACGCUCGAGUCUCACAGAUACAUUGCAUUGCAGUACGACAACAAUUGGAUAGCCCCGACGAAUUGGCCAAGGUAUCUUAUCACACAGAUGACCUCAGUCAACCAUACCUUGGGCUGUCAAAGAGCGUAUUUGAACAACUGCUAACGUCGACGUCGUUCUGCACAUUGGCCGCUCCUCGGAGAGCUCCAAUCCACUAUAUGUCCUCUGGUGGUUUAUUUUUCGCCAAUCCGGCUGUUGGGAUGGAAGAUCCUCCAGAGCAGCCUCACAUGUCGUGUGUCAAUUCACCUCCUGAUGAUGGGACUAAUGGGUACGUCGCAUACAAAUGGGCCAGUAAAAAGAUCCUAGAGAGGGCGGCCGAGCAAUUCAGCCUCCUCAUGACUGUCCAUCGUCUCAUGCCGAUCGCAUCUAUGACCAUGUUUCAAGACAAGCAAGAAAAAGCACUGGCAGAUUUGCGCGCGAUAACCCAGGCCCAAGGGAUCCAUAACGUGUCUUCUGACAUGCGCGGCCACAUGGAUCUUAUGAAAGCGGAUGAGCUCGCGACAAAUAUGAUGGCAACCAUCUUCCACACAGCUGGGGCCACCAGGCCUUCACCUCCCUCUGCUGCAGAGGCCGCACCCCGUCAACAUUUGCCAGUCUCCUACGGUCAUCAUCAGAGCUCUGUGCGUCUCACAGUGUAUGACCUGGAGGGUGUCUUGGAGCAGAGCUCGGGUGUAGAAGAAGGAGCGAAAAGUAUAUCAAGGCCUAAAAGGAUUGGGCUUGUGAAAGCAGCUGGUUUCUCGUACAUUAUUGCUUCCCAGGACUUUCGACUUGUGGACAUAACGGCCGAAGGUGGUACUGACGGAACUCUGUGUCUUGGCGGUGAUACCACAGACGUAUGCAGGAUCUACUGUAGGAUCUAUCUUCGAAAAAUUUAA